AUGGACUCUUCCACUGUCGUGGUGGGAGCCGAACUACCUCAUGUCACCAGUAAUAUCAUCCCAUUGCUGAGCGUGCUAAAGUUCUACUGCCACGAAGCAUACAAGCAGUUGAACACCAUGGUCGAGAAUCUCUCCAUCACCCGCAACAAGGAGACGGAUGUGACUCGUAAGAAGAAGCUCUUGACGUUGAUCGUGGGGUUACGCCAGGAUUUCAUAAAAAUUUAUGCGUUGGUGAAAUGGGCCAGUAAAGCUCAAGAUGUGGGCAAACUCAUCGAUUUACUCAAUUGGUUUCGGACCCAGGAGUUCUACUUCGAGCAGUUGGCGCUUGGGCUAAAUGAGCUCAACGGGUUCAGUGGGGCAAAGUUGCCCAAUAGCGACUUGACCACCAGCAUGGAGGUGUUGAUAAAGGGUAGACCCCAAUUACCCUCGUACAAUUUGAUUAAAAACCCGCCCAUAUCCUCGCAGAAGAUUCUCAAGGUUCUCCAGGACUUGAACUUAGCGUUGACUGCUAGAAUUGCCUUGAAUGACAACAUUCCCUCGGAAUUGUUGGUGAACCACCAGGUGAAAGAUGGCCGAAUAGUGUUCAAAUUGGACAAGAAGUACGAAGCGUGCGUGACUGUCGCCAACGACUUAAUCAUUGAGCUGGACGAAGAGUAUUCGAGGUCUCCGUACUUCUUGAUAGACUUUCACUUUGCAUUUGGAAUCGAUGACGAUAAUGUGUUGAAGUCGAACUUACCCACACCGCUUCCGCAGUCAUUCUGGACCAAGCUCGAGAAACAAGGCAAUUCGGUGCUUUUGAGCUCCAACCUCCAAGGGCUAUACCGGUUUUUGAAUAACUUCACCAAGAAGUUUAAGUUUAACUUGAUAUACCAACAACAGUUGAAGAGCUUAAACGAUUUGAAGUGGAAGAACCUCAAGUACAAAUACGCCGACAACAAGAUUCUCAUAAACUACUGGAACAACCCAUCAAACACCAUUGAAAUCACCUUGAACGAAGAUUUUGAGAUUGAGUUCAAGUGGUUCAAAAAUAACGAAAUCAUGACUAACUUGCAGGACAUUUCCAUCAAUAACGAUGAGUUCAACAUCGAGUACUUGUUGAACCUUAUCUUGAACAAACACUGUGGCAUUUUGGCCAGCAGUAUCUCCAGGACCAACCCAACUUUUUUCAAGCUUAUAAACCCGUAUCAGGUGCUUAUUAAACUUACCAACUCCAAACCAUCGAUACUUUCGAUCGAUUCACUCACGGGUAACUUCUACUUCACGGAGCCCAACGCUGCACAAGCUCAUAUCACCAAAAGAAUCAACUCUUUCAAUUACAAUGGUCUGGAGCUGCUGCUCAUCCAAUACAUACACAAUAAGUUGAUUGAGUUGAAGUUGGAUACUAUUUCCUCCGAAAUCAAGAACAAAUUGAUCACCAUCGAGUGGAUUUCCAACCACAUAAUCAACCUUAAGGAGAAUGAGUUAAGAAAACUCGAUAAAGACUUGGUGGGAACUGCCUUUAAUAUCCAAUAUUUCAAGUGCAAGAAUUGGCCAUCUUCUUGGUUUUUGAUCAGCGUGGUCGACGAACGAGACUUUAACAUCGACUGGUUUGUGAGUCGGAUCAAGUCCAUUAAAGGUGAGUGGAAACUUGAGUGGGUGACGAAUUUGGGCUUAAUAGACUCUCAAUUGAACUUUGAAUUCUUUAAUAAUUUAUCAGUGGUUUGUUCCAACAAGAUUAUCGACAAUAUGUUGACACAAGAAUUGACCAUUAAGAAUGUCAAAUUCAUUGAGCUUGCCGCAAAUCACAGCUUGCUUACCCAAUUCCACAUGGAGUCGAACAGCGGCAAACGGAACUACGAGUUGAUGAUUCUAAUCUACAAUGGCGGCGAGUACUUGCCAGUGAAAAACUCCAGUAACAGUUUGAUCUUGAAAAUCGAGUUGGUCAACAACAAGGAGUCCAAGCUUAUCAAAGUGCGCUUGAUGUCCAAGUUGAAGUUGGAUUCGAGCAAGUUCAACAACCUCAAUCUCGAUAACAUCAAGAUCUUGGAACGAGGGGGACAACAGUUUAUUGAGAUUUUCCAGGAGAUAAAUUUGGGUAACAACGAACUCAAUUUGGAUGUCAACAUCCUCGAGGGUGUGUUUGGAUCUCUCAACAAGUUGAACUAUUUGAUUACCUUGAUGAACGAAGUGAUUGAAAAUAACGUCGAGGUGCUUGAGUUCAACCAGUGCAUCAAGAUUAAGAUCAAUGAAGUGUUCAAGCAGGUGUACAUCGAGGUUCCCGAAAAGGGGAUGCGGAACUACCACUACAGAUACGAUGAGAAUGAGGCCAACGAUAUCAAGCUAAUCAUCAACUAUAUAAAUAAGUCGAUUUCUUACGACAAGCCCUACUCGCUUUUGAGUGUGAUCAACUACUUCAACCAAAUCAUGCCACUAAUUCAAGGGAUUCGGAAGCUUCGAACGCAUGUUGAUACAAAAGCUGCUUCUCAUAAGCUCAGUAAUGGGCUCUGCAAGUUGAAUUUUGAUUUAAAGUUCGUCAACCUCAACAAUCUCCAAUUACUUUUCGGGCUUAAUUACUACAACCCAAACAAUACAAAGAAGGUUCAAAGGGAUAAAAUCAUUCUUACAAUGAGGUUUAAACUCAAUAAGUUCCGGGUGGGAAACCAGUUGGAGAUGAACUUAAGUUUGCUUGACAAUAUCAACAUCAAGAACUUGAAGUACAAGAAGCUCUUUGAGAUGAUCUUCAAGCUGUUGAACAAGUAUGAAGAUGCGGUAAACUUGAACUAUGAUUUUAUAGUGGGGAUGCCAGUGGUUUCGGAGUUCUUGAUGGAUGUGGGAAACUGUUUUCUUGAGUAUGUGGAGGGAGAGUAG